AUGACAUCGCCGGAUGAGCGCAAGAGUUUCUGGGAGCGGCACGAGUUCAAGUUCUAUCGGUACGGCCAUGUGUACGCCCUGAUCUACGGACAGGUGGUGAUCGACUACGUGCCCCAAAGGGCGCUGAAACGUGGCGUUAAGGUGCUACUCAUUGCCUAUGGUCACCUCUUUAGCCUGCUGCUGAUUGUGGUGUUGCCCGGAUACUUCUGCUAUCACUUUCGCACCCUAACUGAUACCCUGGAUCGGCGUUUGCAGUUGUUGUUCUAUGUGAGCUUUGCCAACACGGCCAUCAAGUACGCCACCGUGAUUGUGACCUAUGUGGCCAAUACCGUGCACUUUGAGGCCAUCAAUAAGGGGUGCGCCAUGCAGCGGAGGCAUCUGGAGGAUGUGUUCAGGAAUGCGCCACAGGAGCCCAAGCGACCGUUCGAGUUCUUCAUGUACUUCAAGUUCUGCCUGAUCAACCUGAUGAUGAUGAUCCAGGUGUGCGGCAUAUUUGCCCAGUACGGCGAAGGGGGCAAGGGCUCGGUUAGCCAGGUGCGCGUCCACUUUGCGAUCUACGCCUUUGUGCUGUGGAACUACACGGAGAACAUGGCGGACUACUGCUACUGGAUCAAUGGAUCGGUGCUGAAGUACUACAGGCAGUUCAAUCUGCAGUUGGGUUCGCUUAGGGAUGAGAUGGACGGACUGAGGCCCGGUGGCAUGCUGCUCCAUCACUGCUGUGAGCUGAGCGAUCGCCUGGAGGAGCUGAGGAGGAGCUGCCGGGAUAUCUACGACCUGCAGCGCGAUAGCUUCCGCAUGCACCAGUUCCAGCUGAUCGGACUCAUGCUGAGCACGCUCAUCAACAACCUGACCAACUUGUACACCCUGUUCCACAUGCUGGCCAAGCAGUCGCUGGAGGAGGUCAGCUAUCCGGUGGUUGUGGGCUCCGUCUACGCCACCGGCUUCUACAUAGACACCUAUAUUGUGACCCUGGUCAAUGAGCACAUCAAACUGGAGCUGGAGGCGGUGGCCCUGACCAUGCGGCGAUUCGCGGAGCCACGGGCCAUGGAUGAGCGGCUGACCAGGGAGAUAGAACACCUUUCGCUGGAGCUGCUCCACUACCAGCCGCCCAUGCUGUGUGGACUCCUGCACCUGGAUCGCCGAUUGAUGUACCUGAUUGGUGUCACCGCCUUUUCCUACUUCAUAACCCUAGUGCAGUUCGAUCUCUAUCUGCGCAAGAAGUCCUAGUUUAUGUUCCCAAGGAGCGAACAAGAGAAUCCGAAUUUAAAAUAAAUGUUUAGCUCUGUUUCUCUGUUUAUUUAACUAAUGGCGGCGGU